CACGCACAAUCUCUCUCUCCUAUCACUCCCGAUUCUCCCUCUCUCUUCCCCAUCCGGGCCAACCAACCCUAGCGCGGCGGCGAUGGCGUCGGACCCGCCCCCGGACGACGCGGCUACGCCCCCGGCGGCGAACGGCCACGUCCGCGACCACGACAACGGCCACGGCCCGUCCCCGGCGAAGCGCCCCCGGGCGGUGAUCUCGGCGGCCGAGAUCCGCGCCGAGUUCGCGCACCACGAUGCCGCCGUCGCGCGCGUCAACAACGGCAGUUUUGGCUGCUGCCCGGCCUCGGUCCUCGCCGCGCAGGCCCGCUGGCAGGGCCUCUUCCUCGCGCAGCCCGACGCCUUCUACUUCCACGGCCUCCAGCAGGGGCUGCUCCGCUCGCGCGCCGCCGUCGCCGGCCUCGUCGGCGCCGGCGACGUCUCCGAGGUCUCCCUCGUCGACAACGCCACCACCGCCGCCGCCAUCAUCCUGCAGCACGCCGCCUGGAGCUUCGCCGAGGGGCACUUCGCCCGCGGGGACGCCGUCCUCAUGCUCCACUACGCCUACGGCGCCGUCAAGAAGUCCAUCCACGCCUACGUCGCGCGCGCGGGGGCCACCGUCGUCGAGGUGCCCCUGCCGUUCCCCGUCGCGUCCGCCGACGCGAUUAUUGCCGAGUUUCGGGCCGCGCUCGCCGUCGCCAAGGAAGGGGGGCGGAGGGUCCGCCUCGCGGUCAUCGACCACAUUACCUCCAUGCCCAGUGUAAUCAUCCCGGUGAAGGAGCUUGUUGCUAUCUGCCGAGAAGAGGGCGUCGACAAGGUGUUCGUUGACGCCGCGCACUCUAUAGGCCAGGUCCCUGUGGACGUGCGUGACAUUGGGGCCGAUUUCUACACAAGCAACCUUCAUAAAUGGUUCUUCUGCCCCCCUGCCGUUGCCUUUCUGCACACCCGCAAGGAUGAUCCAAUAGCCUCCCAGCUCCACCACCCUGUUGUCUCGCAUGAGUAUGGGAAUGGGCUGCCUAUGGAGAGUGGAUGGAUUGGGACACGGGAUUACAGUGCCCAGCUUGUUGUGUCUGAAGCUAUCGAUUUUGUAAAUCGAUUUGAGGGAGGGAUUGAGGGGAUACGAAGUCGGAACCACGAGAAAGUGAUUGAGAUGGGUAGGAUGCUUGCUGAGGCGUGGGGGACAUUUCUUGGCUCGCCACCAGAAUUGUGUGGGAGCAUGGUUAUGGUGGGGCUGCCAGGUUGCCUUGCCGUUGAGAGUGAUGAUGAUGCAAUGAGAGUGAGGACUAUGUUGAGGAAGGAUUUCCAGGUGGAGGUGCCAAUAUACUAUAAUUCAAGAAGGGUGGAAGGGCAAGAGAUGGCAAAGGACAAGAGUGGUGAUCCAGUGACAGGGUAUGUGAGGAUCUCACACCAGGUUUACAAUGUCAGGGAGGACUACGAGAGACUAAGAGAUGCUAUCAAUAAACUUGUUUCUGAGGGGUUCACCAGCUGCAAGUUGCGGCCUUCAGAGAAGCAAGAAGCUUAGGAGUGAUGACCUUCUAGCCAGGCAGCAGUCCACCCGAAGAUGCUGUGGCUGACUACUUAAGUGUGGGUCGGGUCAACGCAGCCAGUGCCUCAUCGUGAUGUCUCUCCCAUGGCAUAGCCAAGCCAGUUGAUGAAUGUAGUGUGUCUUCAGGAACUGACAUGUGUUGUAUUUGGCGUUCAGUGUAUGUAACAAUAAUGCCCUGGCAUGUCGUCUUCCCUCCUCUCAUUUUCCUUUUCUGCUGUAACCUGAGAAUAAUCUGAAUGUAAGGUGAUUUACAGCUUCUGUAGAUUGAUUUCCGGUAACCGAUCAUAUUGAUAGUCAAUACAUCAAAGUGGCAGUGGAUUA